AGGUUGUUGGACUGGCAGCGAAACAAAGUAGAAUAAGAAAUAUUUCAAACACAGUAAUGAAAGUAAAGCAGAUCCUUGGCAGAAGCCAGAAGUUCGGUCCUUGGGCUUGGCUUCUCCACAAUUAGCCCUGAGAGGGAAGAACCAGCUGGCUCCUGGAAACAUAUACUGAGUGCACACAGAGCUUCCCUACACCUUCAGAUUUGUACCUUGCUGUCCAGGAGCUUUCUCCACCUGACCUUCCCAGUCCACUAUGGCCAAUGCCAAUAGCAGUGCUGGCAUCCGAUGGUCCAGACAGGAGACACGGACUCUUCUCUCCAUAUUAGGCGAGGCAGAGUACAUUCAGCGUCUUCAGACUGUGCAUCAUAACGCGGAUGUCUAUCAGGCUGUGUCCAAGCGGAUGCAGCAGGAAGGCUUCCGCCGCACCGAACGCCAGUGCCGCUCCAAGUUUAAAGUUCUGAAGGCCUUGUAUCUGAAGGCAUAUAUUGCCCACGCCACAAGUAUGGGAGAGCCACCACACUGCCCAUUCUACGAUACGUUGGAUCAGCUUCUCCGAAAUCAGAUAGUGGCUGACUCAGAGAACUUAAUGGAGGAUGCUGCUUGGGCCAAGCACUCUGAUCAGAAUUUAGGGGUCUCUGAUCCCUCAGGGCAAGAGGGAACCAGCGUUCUGAAAGCCAAAAGGACUCAGGCAGCAGAUCACCAGCAUAUUUUGGAUACAGUUAAAGACUCAGAUGAGGAUUGUCAGCUGAGACUCAUUGACCGGAUUCAAGAAACCAGUGACCUUGAGGACUCCUGGGAUGGAUCCUCGGGUGCAGGGUGCUCUCAAGGGACCCCCAUCUACAGCAGCUCCCACAACCUUUUCAGAGGUGCAGUUGCUCCCAGUCAGAGCAGCCCUAUGACCAGACUGGGUCUGUCCGGUGAGCCCAAUCCCUGCACCAGCACCAGCCGAAACCCUCCUGGUAUAGCCUCCACACCUCAGCCUCAAGUCUCCUCUUCCAGAGUUCAUUUUGUUUCUGGUGGAGAUAAGCCUUUGACCUGUGAGCCACCUCCAAGGUGGGCAAGGCGACGAAGGCGGUCAGUGGCCAGGACUAUUGCCGCUGAGCUGGCAGAAAACAGGAGAUUGGCACGAGAACUUUCAAAGCGUGAGGAAGAGAAAUUGGACAGGCUGAUUGCCAUUGGCGAGGAGGCCAGUGCUCAGCAAGACGCUGCCAAUGAGCUUCGCAGGGAUGCUGUGAUCGCAGUCAGACGUUUGGCAACCGCAGUGGAAGAGGCAACUGGUGCUUUUCAGCUAGGCCUUGAAAAAUUGCUUCAAAGGUUAAUCUCCAAUACCAAAAGUUAGGUACUGAAAACAGAAGUGCCUGCUUUCUAACAGAAGUCUCAUUCCAACACCUGCCUUCUGGUACUCAGGCUCCUUUAUUCUGAUGCACCCAGUCCUGGAGGGAAACAAGGGGACAGACCAUUGAUAGGCAGGCAGACUAGCAGCAAAAUACAGGCUAAUUCUUUUUACCAAGAUUCUCCACUGAUUGACAGACCUUCCAGACACCUGAGGGAUGGCCUAGUGGAAAAAAGAUUGCACAAGUCCAGAGAGCUAGUAAGUCCCAACUUUGUCACUGAUUCCCUCUGUAGCAGGAGGUGAUACAGUUUGCUUUUCUACAAGGGUUCCCUCAUCUGUAAAAUGGGGAUAGCAUCCUGACCUGCCUACCUCACAGGGUUGUUGUGAGGAUCACAUGGCUAAUAGAUGUGAAAGGGUUUAAAAGCACUAUGUUUAGAAGUUGUUAAUGCACAUGACCUUGGCUGAGGUAAGGCUAGGGUGAGGCACCUUAGUUUACAGCAUAGAGAAGUAUGGUUGCACACAGUGACCUCAUUGCUUGAACUCUUUCUUGACUAGUAUAAUUCUCUAUUUGAUGGCUUCAUAGAGUUUGAGAUCUUCCUUUUGUUAAUCCCUCUAUAGUUCAUUUGAAGGAGUGGUGGUCACACAGUGGUUAAGCGCUCCACUGCCGACCAAAAGACUGACAGUUCAAAUUUACCAGACAUCCCAAGGGAAAAAGAUGUGGCAAUCUACUUCCCUAAAGAUUAUAGCCAUGGAAACCCUGCGGUGGAGUUCUUCUGUGCCCUAAAGGGUUUCUGAAUCAGAAUGGACUCUGCCAAUGGGUUUGGUUUAUAGCUUAUUUGACCAAUGUACAGAAUGUAUUUGUACCUUUAUGUCUUACAAUAUCACUGCUAUGUCUUUGACAUGUCUCCUAGUAAGCACUCUUUAUACCCAGACUGUUGUUGCCUUUAUUUUACUAGUUCUUAGUCUAUCAUACACAGUAUAGAAAAGGGAGUCGCAAUAGUGUGUUAUGGUUCAUAUUGGUGAAAUGGUGGAUGCUUUAAAAACUGGCAUGUGUAUGUAAAUUUUUUGUAUAUCCUAUCAUUUGGGUCCCUUUUUAUGUACAAGUGUAUGUCUUUAAAUUUUUGGUUGCCAUUUAACUAUUAUGGAAACAGUCAUAUCAGUGUCUCGAUCAGCUUUAAAAUUCAUUCUUUGCUGUUAGCUGUUUUUCUGUUCAGUAUGUGGUAGAGGGCAAGCAUUAGGUAACAUCCCUAGUAGGGACCUGUCAAAAUCACUUUUUCAGAUAGUAUAAAUGUUCACCAAGUUCAUGGUAUAGAGAGGGCUUGGAAUAUUCGAGGAAAAUUUCCAUAAUCUUGGCAUUCAAAUCUUCUACAAACUUUCUGAAGCUCCCGUGUUUGGUAAACGAGAACAGCUAUGUUUCUCCUUUAGCUUUGAGAACACUUGAGGGUGGUGUGGAUAGACUACCUGUAGCAGAUGGUUCCUUUCAAACACAAGCCCUCCACAAAUCCCCUUCCUCCCCGCCACCAGAUGGGAAGGUGCUCAGCCACAGGUCCAAUUUACUUGAGAAAGAAAGGCAUUACUGGGAGUCCUUGAACUCGCUGAAAGCUUUUACUGGUUUACUUUGUGCUUUCAGGAAGUACAAAAGCAUUGGGAAAGGGGAAAAGUGGGAAUGUUGGGGGAGGUUGUGUGUUUUACCCGUGUGGGUGCUUAACGAAUGCUAGCAAUAACAAGUAGGUAAAGUCGUCAGGAAUCAGUGGGAACACUCGGCACCAUGAUAUGACGGCAGACAGGUCGCUACACCGCUGGAGUGGGUGGUAGUGGCGGGAAGUAGCUGGAAUGGUAGACUGCGGUGAAGCCGAAUUAGAAUUCCAGGUUCAAAUCCUGACACUGUUUGUGUCACUGGGUGAGUGACUUAACACUUUUUGUGCCGCAGUGUCUUUAUCUCUAAGAUGAGGGAUUUGUACUAGAUUUUCUAGUACCAUCCAGCAAUUUAGAAAAAUCCGGUAAGUAGCAGAACAAGAAAUCAGGGCGAGAGAAGUUGACGUGUAAUAAUUUCAGUCACAGCAGCAUAUUUGUGUUUGAGAUGCUGGAAACACUUCUAUAUUAAGGAAACAUUGUGCCACAUUAAUAUUCAUCAGACUCAAGAACUACACACCACCACACCAGGUACAGGUUCCUUGCUUUAAAGGAGCAGUGCUUUCGAAAGGGACUGAAGUGUGGGGAUGGGUAUAUAUGAAGGAGUUUCAGGAAAAUCGUGGACAAAUGGAAUGAACAGAUAAUGGAAUUUUUUCCAUGAACUCUUUGAAACCCUCUUGUAUAUAUGUUUUUUCUCAAUAUUUUUAGGCUGUGGUAUAGCAAGGUAAGUGUCAAUUAUAAGUGGAUCAGGUUAAUGUAUAGAUGGGUAGGCUUUUCUGGAAAAGCAGAGAAGUACUUGAAGGAAAAUUCAGCAUGGUCUACAUUUAUUAAUGGGAGCAAAGUGCACAGGCAGGAUUGACAUGAGGUAAGAAGUGCUUUUUUGAAAACAUUUGGAGUUAAGCUUUGGAUGUGGUGGUGAUGGUGUGAAAAUCUAGUGGAUGAAGUGAUGUGGGAGAGACUAAAGGGAAAGAUGCUGAAGCAGUACCUAAAACUAGACUAACAAACUGUUCAGAAGAGGGAUGUUGCAAUAAGGGAGGCAGUGUGGGCAGUACUAGUUACACAUCCUUAGGCAAGUUAUUUUACCAUUCUGUAACUCAGGUUCCCCUCUCAGAGUGGCUAACUAAUAAUUGUCUUACCUACCUCACAGGGAUGUUGUGAGGGUUCAGUGAACACAUGGAUGUAAAGACACUUUUUUAAACCUAUAAGGCACUUUGAUGUAACUAGUAGAGAAGACCCUGUGGCACAUUAAUGCUGGUGUGUCACGUGUGCAGGUCUUCUGACUGGCAGACGUUUAAGGAGGGAAGAGAGAAAGGAUGGCAUUGCUAUAAUGGUACUAUGGUAGGAUUAAAACUGCCUCCUACUAACAAUCAUGGUGUAAAGGAGGUGCUGGGUAAACCGACACUCCUCCCAUCUUUGUUUUUGUGUUAAGUAAUUUAAUCCUGGUGUGGAAAAAUAAAAGAUUUUUUUUUGUA